AUGAACCCUGCUGCGUUUUUCCAGCUGGUUCUCUCAGGCGCCUUCUGCAUCGUUUCUCCUGUGCCAUGGCAGUACUUCUACGUGAACCAGGGUAUGACCUGGUACAAUGCUCAGAACUACUGCCGAACUAAUUACAUCGAUCUGGUUACUGUACGCAGCACGCAGGAGGCAAACAACAUGCUCACAGUCGCAUCAGCUGCAGCUCCUGGGUACGGCGGGUCUGUGUGGCUCGGACUCCACAGGACCUGGUCCUGGUUCACAGGAGAACCUUUCCAGAUUCCCUGGAUCUCCGGCCAGCCGGACGAGGGAGACGAUGGAGCAGCAUGCGGAGUGUUGAACGGAGUGGGAAUCGGAGACUGGUUCUGUUCGACUACUCACUACUUUGUCUGCUAUGAUGACUCCCCAACUGCAACCAGUAAUUUUGUCCUGGUCCAACUUGGUCGCAACUGGACAGAUGCUGAGACAUAUUGCAGACAGCACUAUACACAACUCGUCAUCAUCAGAAGCAUCCAACAAAUGCAACAGAUAAUGUCCAUUGUCCCCGACGCGUGUUGUUAA